GGAAGCAAUGAUCCUCAAGCAUUUCCCUUAAAAAAAAAAAAAAAAGUUCACUGUCCCAUACACAGAUGCCACCACAAGUGGCGGCUCACAUCGUCUUAGACCUCUCAUGGAAUAACCUGACAGGAGCGUAUUGACGCAAAUGUGGAUAUUUCAUCUUCAAUAAGACUUUCUGUUAUUAUUUUUUUCUUCUAAAAUUGCGCGGCUUUGCUUCCAUACUUCCAAGACGUGCACGUGUGCGACUACUAUAACAAAUGGAAUGGGCUAAUAUAUUUUGAUUGAUCAGAUGUAAUGUUGUUGUUGUUUUUUUGAGAAAAUUGGAAUUUGAUUUGAAUUUAGAUUUUUUUUUCUUCUCUAGCUAAGGGUUUGACUGCUGGUGGUACUUUGGAAGCAUUCAUCAUCUUUUGCGCAAGAACAAUCAGAAAAUCUGCGACGUGUCUUUCCGUGCCGAUUUUGCCGUGAAGUUGAUGAAUGGGUCUGUUAGAAGCAGCUGUCAAAGUCAUGGGAUCCUCCUGCCCCCGGGCCGCCUGGGAGCGCCGUUCACAACUCCACUGCGCAUGAGCGCGCAUUGGACAACUCCAGAGAGGGAAAUUUAAAAAACGUUCUUUGGGGGGGAGAAUCAAGUGCUGCACAGUGGAAUACAGUAGAUGGUCUCUCGGACGAUCCAUUCACACAUUCUUCAAUAUAAUCCAAAACAGAUCCCAGGAAAUGAUAGAAGGUGGAAUUACAUCCAGGAUGUCGGGAAUAAUUGAGGAUGCUGGCCAUCAUCCGUCUCCACAAGACUAUAGGCUUCUGACCACGGACCCCUCCCAACUGAGGGAGGAGGACCUCCCUGGGGACCUGCAGUCUCUGUCGUGGCUCACCUCGGUGGACGUUCCCCGACUACAGCAGAUGGUGGAUGGCCGCGGCCACAGUAAUGGGCCCUCCCAGGGCAGCUUGUUGGAGCAACAGACAGCCCAACUGAGCAGCAUGGCCAUGACAGGAGCUCAGUCCUCCAUGCUCCACCUGCAAAGCAACAUGCAGCACAGCCCACUGGGAAUCAGCAUCAUCAGCACCCACAGUGGAGCAAUGUCUCCGUUUCCCAUCAACGGGAUGCCCUCACCGGGGUACCAGUGCCCCACCUCGGUAUACCAGUCGGCACCACAGCAGGUGUACUCGCUAACCCAAACUGGACAACAGUGCUCAACAGGCGGGCUGUACAGCAAUGUCUCUUUCACCAACCAAAGUCUAUUUUCACAAUCUCGCCUGGCACCACAAGAACAGGACCUGCAGCCAAAAUGUUUCCCCAAACCCAUCUACUCGUACAGCUGUUUGAUUGCCAUGGCUCUGAAGAACAGCAAAACAGGCAGCCUUCCAGUCAGCGAGAUCUAUAGCUUUAUGAAGGAACACUUUCCUUAUUUCAAGACGGCCCCGGACGGAUGGAAGAAUUCAGUCCGGCACAACCUGUCUUUAAACAAAUGCUUUGAGAAAGUGGAGAACAAGACGAGUAGCUCGUCCCGAAAGGGUUGUCUGUGGGCGCUGAACCCGGCCAAAAUUGACAAGAUGGAGGAAGAGAUGCAGAAGUGGAAACGCAAGGAUCUCCCAGCCAUCCGCCGCAGUAUGGCCAAUCCAGAUGAGCUGGACAAACUGAUCACGGACCGGCCAGAGAACUGCAGACGGAAGCCAAUGGAACCCAUCAUGACCCGGCUGCCCGGCUGUCCGACGGGCCUUUCGCUGACGGCCCAGAUGCAGCAGCCCCAGCCUAUCGUGACCCUCUCCCUGCCGUGUUUACCCAUGCACCAGCACCAUCAGAUCCAAGCCCAGCUGCAGGCCCAAGCCCGUUUGGCGCCCAUGUCCCCGGCCCCGGCACAAACGCCUCCCCUCCACGCCGUGCCCGACCUCUCGCAUAGUCCGCUAACACAACAACCCGGCAAGCCUCCUGAUGACUUUUACAGCGUUCACGUAGACAGCCACACAGAAGUGGACGCACUGGACCCCAGCAUCAUGGAUUUUGCCCUUCAAGGUAACCUUUGGGAGGAAAUGAAGGACGACAGCUUUAACCUGGAUGCAUUGGGCACCUUCAGUAACUCCCCAUUGCGACUAUCAGACUGUGAUUUGGGGAGCAGCCUCCCUCCUGCCGCCGCAAACCCACCGCUGUCAGACGUACAAGUGACGGGUCUGUACACGUCGUACACGUCACAGGAAAGCCUCUCCUCCCAGUACAUGGGCUCACCGGCCAACAGCAAACCCAUCGUCCUGCUUUAGAACAACACAGGCGAAGGAUUUCUGACGGAAUACCAACUGGAAAGAUUCUGAAGUACAAAUCAGCCGGGAACUAUCAAAAAUAUGAGUUGUUGGGAAGUCCACAAGAAAAUUGCUCACUUAAAAAAAAAACCAGACACUUCCAAGAAGGUUUUGUGGAGGAACUGUCAUGUUUUUCAUCCUGCUCAUUUUGUGUUUGAAAGCCCUUACUGUAGUUUUGUCUCUUGUCUGCUGUACUGUGAUAGACCUUAUUGCUGUGUUGUUUUAUUUAUAUUUAUAUAUCAAAAAGGCAGCUGGGGAAAUUGACCACUUGUCAACCUUUUGCUGUAUAUAUCUGAAUGUUCAAAUGGCUAUUACCACAGAAAAGCUUUCUUUUGACGACAUUUACCCAACUUCAUUCCAAAAUGCUGACACGUGCCAUCACUUUGUAAUUCUGAUUUGACACCUUACAUAUGUGAUUUACAUGUUGGAUGGAAUAUUAGAUGUGUUUUUAUGUUCCACUGGAAAAAUGAAUGGGUAAAUAAAAUACGUUUCUUUUGCCAAAAAUAAAUCGGUGACAUUUAUUAACACAUUUGUUGUCAAGAUGACAAAGGUGCGUGUGAGCUAAUAUACAUUCAUAUGAAAUGAUAAACUCUUAGCGGCAACUUGAAGUCCAUCAAGGCCGUGAUAUACAGG